AUGAUCCUCUAUAUCGAACGAGAAAUUCUACUAGAUACAAAAUGUCAAGAUCUAUAUUUAUGUAAUAAUGAAUUAAAUAAUGAAUAUUUAUUAAUUUCAUCUUCUAAUAAAUGUUUAUGUAAAAAACAACAAGCAAUUUUAUGUAAAUAUGAUCAUGAUUUAUGUCAAAAUCGUUGUUUAAUAGAACAUAAUUUAUUAAUUAAACAAAAAAAUCAAUCAAAUCAUAUUUUAAUUAAUGAUAAUCCAACAAAUGUUGUUUUAUUAGAUAAAAAUGAAUUAGAAAAUAAUUCUGAAAUCGUUUAUAUAUGUCAUAAAAAUAAUCUACCACAACCAAUUUUUGAACAUUUAGAAAAUCAAUUAAAUUAUACGAAUAAUUCAUCGACAAAUUUAUCAAUAAGUCAUACAUUUAUUAUUGAUUUCCUAUUGAAAUAUAGUGUCUUAGCUCAAAGUGUCUAUGGAAUAUAUUUAACAUUGCAACAAGCAAGACAUAAUAGUUUUCAAUUGAGACGUCAUGCUAAUAUUGGUUAUUUAUUAGCGAAUAUUUUCAUUGGAAUUUUAUGUUCAUUUAUUUUUUUUCGAAAUUUUGAUUUAUAUCAAUUAAUUUCAAAUGAAAUAUUAAUACAAACUGAGAAUUUAACAACAUGGAUUAAAUCUAUAAUUGAAUGGCUUUUGCAUGCACCAGCUGGUUUAAAAUUAAAUCAACCAUUAGUUGAUUUUCUAGCAAGAUUUUAUUUUUAUCAUAUUUAUCUAUGGUCUGGUUAUCUUGAAGCAUUAGUUAUAACUGUAGUACCUUAUUUAUAUCAAAUAUUAUUUAUUCUAUGUUUUUUUGGUAUAUCAUUAGCUAUUGGAGCAAUCUGUGAUUUUAUUCGUAUAUUAACUAUACAUCUUUAUUGUUUUUAUAUUUAUGCUGCAAGAUUAUUUAAUUGGCAAAUUCGUUUAUUGAUUAUUCUUUUUCGUUUAUUUUGUGGAAAAAAACAAAAUCCAUUAAGAAAUAAUCGACUUGAUUCACAUCUUUGUGAUAUUGAUCAAUUAUUUAUUGUUACAUUAUCAUUUACUAUUCUUCUCUUUUUAUUACCAUCAAUAUUUAUGUAUUAUGCAGUUUUUACUUCGAUUUGGACAGUUACAAUGUUAACUGUAAAACUCAUACAAUAUAUUAAUCAAUUUCUUUUACAAAUACCUAUUUAUGAAUUUUAUUUAUGGGUUACUGGAUCUCGAAUUAUAAGAGGUACACCACGUUUAGCAAUAAAUUAUGCUGAUUCAACUGAAGAUACUGUAUGUUUUAAUUUUUAUUUUGAUUCAGUAUCAUUUAUUACAUUGUAUCGUGUUUGUAAUAUUCGUUUAUCAUCAUAUUCUUUAUCAUUUACUAAACUUUUUCUUGCUAUUUUAAAAGGACAAUCAAUAGUUUAA